AUGCUGCUAUCUUCAGUAAGCUCAUUGACAAUGAGCUCGUUGACGGACGAUUCACAGUCACCACCAGAGGAUCCGCCUUCACCAUGGACUGACCGAUGGCCAAACCACAACCUACAGAACUACUACAUGGACGCGGAUGCCAACGCUGUGCCUUUUCCAGUUUCUCCGGGUGGUCAAAAGGCAGCUGCCCCUUCAGUUGAGCAACAGCCGGCUGUUGCUAGGAAGAAUGUUCCGCUUGGUGAUUUACAAAUCAUCCCUCACGAGGAUUACGAUCCUGACCUCCCUCCACAAUGCACAUAUCCCAAUUUCAAUGAGCACCUAACAAUUCUUCAACGACGACAGCUUAAGCUAUUCGUUAACACUCUCAAGCAACCUAUUGCCAUUGUCCUACCGACAAAACUUAACUACUACGAUAGCAAGCUAGUUAUCUCUAACCUCGAUCAAGAGCGUGUCCUCACCAAUCUUGAAAAGCACCCACUAGCCCCCAUCGACGAACAAGACCAGGCAAGUUCUAGCUACGAAGAAGAUCAGAGCACUGCUGUUGCCGAAGAAGAAUCCUACGAAGAAUCCUACCAAGAACCCUACGAGGAAUCUGCCAGUUCCGUCGACAAGGAAGUCCAAGUCCAAGCCCAAGACGAACCUACCAACAUGGCUGAGAGCAACUUCACCAACGACGGCUCGUUCGACGUUAAAAAAUACCUAGCCUCCAUCGAGGACCCCGUACAGCGCAAGAAGACCGUGCGUGCUGGAAUGGACGCCAUGUGGCCCUCCAACCACGUAGUCAACAACGUCUGGCGUCACCCUUGGUAUCGCGGCUUCGAGGAGGACGGCGACUACGAAACCUGGUUUAAAGCUACGGCCGACGAGCUUGACUGGGACAAUGAUGACCCCUACCACGAGCCGGAAGAUGAUGAGCAUUGGAGAGAGGUGAACGUACCUCAGAUCGGCGAUGAGGGUAUCCCCGACCAGGACGCGCUUGACUAUGUCAUGCAUAUGCGAUACACGCGCGAGAGAAUGGAAGUUGCGAUUCGACGAAAGAGAGAGCUGUGGAAGGAGCGACAUGGCAAUGGCCCUUACGAUUCCUUCGCUGCUACUUUUGGAGGUAGCGACAACGACGACGACGAUGACGAUGAUGAUGACGACGAUGGUGACGAUGAUACCGAAGAACCUCCUCCCCCUCCCCGCCGUCCCAUUCGCAUCAAGUUAGUCUCUAAGGCUAAGAAGGACACCGCAAACGAUGUUGGCCCCGGGGUUGUUAACCCCCAGGACCCCCCGCGUGGUAUAAAACUCGUCUCAAGCACCGGUCUCUACUCUACGCAAGCCCCAGGCUCCCCAUCAAGCACAGGAGGUCCAUCCAAGCGCGGUCGUGGCCGUGGACGUGGCCGUGGCCGUGGACGCGGUCGAGGUCGCGGUAGUGGUCGCAAGCGCAAGACGGAUGACGACGCAGCGUAUGAGCCGGAGAGUGAUGAGUCUGAUGAACAGGACGGUGCGCGCAAGAAGCGACGUCGAAUUGCAUGA